AUGUGGGUAGAUGAUGCAUAUAAGAGCAUUGAUGAGAGGCAUGCAUGCACCAUACCACCAUCUAUCAGCGAUAUGGCUCCUGUUUCAGUGUUAGGGUGUGUGAUCAUCACAGCCAUCUUGGGUAGAGCUACCACUGCGCGUCUUGUCAGGGGAAAUAGUGAGACAAUAGAGACGGACCCUCACGAAGAUGAAAGACCCUGUAUUGCGUCGGUGGUGGCUUGUAUGAAGCCGAAAGUGGAUGAGGUUUAUGUGCAACCUGUCACCAAAUCCGAUGGGAGUUUAUAUUUCCCAGCUGACUACUUCACAAGCAUGUGUGGAUAUUUCACCCUUAUCAGUGAUUGUUAUGGAAAAGUGAAAUCUACAACAUGCGAGCCAGGUUUUCCGAAUAGAAUAAUCAAGAACUCAGGAAAGAUGUCCCUUAAGUUGUGCAAAAAUGCAGACGCGCUGAACACUCUUGUUCCCUGCUUGAAUGAUAAAGGAGUAUUUGAAGCAUACCGGCGCGCAGUCAAAUCUGUGCGUGGUGAAAAGGAGAGCAGUUGCAAUGAGGCCAGGGAGAUAAUAAGGCGGGCUUUGCGACUCUUCAAAGGCAUGUGUGGUGAAGCGGAGUAUACCACUCUGAAAACAGUCCUGGAGAACUUUGGGGAUGACCUGCUUGUCCUAUUUGAAAACACAGAGGGUCAAGGUUGCAGCAUUGACAUCGAUACUCUUACUCCUGACACACGCAGAAGAGGCGUGGCCAGUGCGACAAUGAAGAGAAUGAUGGAUGUUUGGGUUUCGUAA